UAUAUAUAUAAAUAUAUAUAUAUGUGAUGCAAUGUCGGCUCGUUAUAAGUUUUCUAUGCAAUAUACCUGUCUUUGGUCGACACUUGAUACGAAGUUUUCGGAGAAAAAAUGGUUCAAGUUAACUAUCUAACUAACAAGAGCUUGCGUAUAAAUAGACUGACAGAUUUAUUAGAUGCAUUCAAUUCGUUUGUUGCUUCCAAACGGUGAAGAAAGCAGGCGCUACCUAUCGUCAUCAUGUUUAGAUUUUUGGUGAUUUGCGGUUGUUUGCUGGCAGUUGGGCAAGCUGGCGUAAUUGGAGGCAGUUUGCUCGCAGCCGCGCCUGCAGCGGUUGCAGUCCAGCCAGCAGCAGCAGCAGCACCCCUUCCACUGUCUACGGCCACGCUCGCGGUACCAACUAUCGCAACGUCCACCUCUAAUGUGAUACGGGGUAUCGGUAAUUUAGCUCCAGUGGCUACAGCUGCUGUUGCUGCUCCUACAACACUUCUUACACCUGGAUUGACAACCGCAAUCGCAGCUGCACCCGCUGCUAUCACUACUGGUUUAGCGGCUGCCCCUCUAGGACUUAAUGGUAUAGCCUUGAAUGGGAUAGGAGCCGUCAAGGUCCUCUAAGGUCUACGCUUGAAUUUGUAUUACAGAACGAUAAUUCGAUUAAAACUUGAUGUUUUAUAACCAUUAUCGACCAUGAGAUGCAUUCGAACAUUUGUAUCGAAUCGGAAUCGUCGUUACAAUUCAAACAAUCUUCUUUGUCACAGAAUGUAAUCGAUUAUUCAAUAAAUGUACAAUCGUUAUUCUA